AUGAUUUCCCCCCCGCGGGGAGGGGAUGCCCCAAAUGAUGACGUCGCUGACAUGUUGAGGGAAGAAGCAGGCGCAUCACACAUUCCACAAGAUACCAAAAUACGGUUGACAUCACAAUACAAAACAAAUAUCAAAAUGGUUCUGGGAAGAAGGACCAAGCACCACCCCGGUGGCACAACAGUCACCACCACCACUACAACCACUCACCACCCGCCUGAUGAACUAAAUGCCAGCGGCGCUCGUGCGGUGCGCACCAAACCCACUCUCAAGCAGCGCCUGUUGGGUGGAAGACGCACCAGGGCCACUGCCGCCACACCCACACGAAGACGUCGGGUCGGCAUGCGUCGUCGCACACCAGCAACAACCACUCUCACUCCGCGCCGUAAAGCCAGCCUCGGCGACAAAAUCUCUGGCGCGAUGCUGAAGUUGAAAGGGACUCUUACGCGGAGGCCUGGGCAAAAGGCUGCAGGGACCAGACGAAUGCACGGGACAGAUGGGAGGGGCACCCGUCGAUACUACUAA